AUGCUAGAUGUGGGAGGUUUGGAUCCUACAAGACCCCCAGAGGAAAAUGCCACCAGUUUCACGAGCCAUGUCACUCCUGAAGGGACCCAGUCCACUUGGGAUGGGGAUAUCCCUGCUAUUAACCAAGGUCUCAUCCCUGAAGAAUCUCCAGAAAGCAGCUUCCUUGUCGAAGGUGACAUCAUCAAGGCAAGUCCCUUCCAGUUGUUUUCUGCUGCCAGUUUCAAAUGGCCCAAGAAGGAUGGAAUUGUAGAGAUCCCAUAUCUUUUCUCCAGCAAAUAUGAUCAGCCCAGCCGGGAAGUCAUUCUGGAGGCUUUUGCUGACUUUGAGCACUUCACUUGUGUUAGGUUUGUUCCUCGGACAAACCAGAAGGACUUUGUUUCCAUUAUUCCUAUGUCUGGGUGCUUCUCCAGUGUGGGACACAGUGGUGGGAUGCAGGUAGCCUCUCUGGCCCCCUUCUGCCUUCAGAAGGGCAAAGGCAUCGUCCUCCAUGAGCUCAUGCACGUGCUGGGAUUCUGGCAUGAGCAUUCCCGGGCUGAUCGGGACCGUUAUAUCCGUAUCUCCUGGAAAGAGAUCCGGCCAGGCUUUGAAAUCAACUUCAUCAAAUCCCAGAACAGCAACAUGCUCGUGCCCUACGACUACACAUCAGUGAUGCACUAUGGGAGAUAUGCUUUUAGCAAGAAUGGUAACACCACCAUCAUGCCACUGGCUGGACCGGACAUCCCCAUUGGUCAGCGCUGGAACUUAAGCACUUCAGACAUCAUUCGGGUCAAUAGGCUUUAUGAAUGCACCCAGACUGUGAAGGAGCCAGGACUUCACAGUGAGAAUAAGGGGGGCCGCCAAAAAUUGGGGGUUAUGGACUUAGUCAACCGAGAUGAAAAGAAGCUACAUCUAAUGGAGGCCCCUUUGGAGGAUUUCCCCUCCCUGAAAGCUGUGAGUCAGCCUGAGUGUGGGGCACCGAAGCUCAUCCUGGAGCUGGGUGGAAGUGAAGCUGUGGGCAUCACGGAAGAUACAGGUGAUGGUGGAGGGGGUUCAAGGCCCAGAAGAUGA